CUCGGCCCUCACUCUACAAAGUUGGUUUACACACCUACGAAUUCAUGCCAUCAUGGCGCCGCUUACACCUGACGAGGUCUCUUCGACUAUACUAGAUCUUGAAGAUGCCUCUGCAUCCAAAAAACCCGACUUGUAUACCAACCUGCUGGACAAGAUCUUAGCUAAUUCGUCGUCGGACACGCUUGGUACUAAUCUGACCAUAUUUGUGGAAUCUCUUCUCAGCGAAUCUCUGAGUGUUGUAACCGCUCGUCCAUUGCUCGGCCAGUUCGUCACCUCGCUUUCGAAAAUUGAAGACGCUUCGACCAAGAUCGAAGUCGGUACGCGAGCCAUUGAGUUGCUCUCUCCAAAGGUCGUCUCGUACGAAGAGCAGGACACGAAUCUGAAAUACCUCGUCGCCUCCGCUUACGAGUCCGAAGAAGAGUUCACACAGGCGGCUAAGACUUUGGAGAAAAUCCCCGUGGAUUCCUCACAGCGCACCGUUUCAGCAGACGACAAGGCCAAGCUAUGGAUUCGCAUAGUGCGGUGUUAUAUCGAGGACGACGACACGACAUCCGCUUUAUCGUACCUCAAUCGCAUAAAGAACAUUAUUCAUGGCGUAAAAGACACAGAAACUCGACUGUUGUUCAACCUGAACCAAGCCAAAAUCCUCGACUCUCAACGUAACUUCCUCGACGCCUCGGCUGCGUAUCACAGUAUAUCCCUUGAGACAGUGAUAGACGAGUCUGAGCGCUUGCGUGCUCUCAGCGAGGCUAUUAAAUGCGCCGUCCUUGCGCCGGCAGGUCCUCUGCGUGGCCGAUCGCUGGCGAGGCUGUACAAGGAUGAGCGAGCGAGCCAGGUCGACGAGUUCAGUAUUCUCGAGAAGAUUUUUCUCAACAGACUACUGUCUCAGUCCGAGGUAGCAUCCUUCGCGGCGACACUCCAACCGCACCAAUUGGCAAAGACAUCGGAUGGUUCUACGGUUCUCGACAAAGCGGUGCUCGAGCACAAUCUUCUCGCCGCCUCACGAUUGUACAGCAACAUAGGGAUUGCACCCCUCGGCCUGCUCCUAGGCGUCUCGGCCGAGAAAGCAGAAGAGUAUGCUGCACAGAUGAUUGAGCAGGGAAGACUGAGCGGGUACAUCGAUCAGAUCGGCGGUUAUAUUUAUUUCGAGGCCGAAGAAGGAUCUGGAGAGAGGAAGGUUAAACAUGAGUCUGCAGUCGUGGGGAGGGAGAUGAGAAAAUGGGAUGCAAAUGUGCAAGGUGUUGCAGAGGAAGUAGAGAAGGUUGUGGCCGUGAUUCAGAGCCAGUAUCCACAGUUCUACGCUGAACAUAUGGUGCAUUGAGAGAAGAGCUAGUGUCAUUGAAAGGCAGAAUCGUGCCAAGAAUGGAUACGAAACAGCUCGAUCCGGAUAAUUGUGAAGGUCGCAGAUGGCAGCAACAAGCUCAAUCGAAGCUCUUCCUAGCGAUAAGCAACGUCAAGGACUGGAGACAAGAGAUAACCUUCACAAAUCAGAAUGCCUUCAGAGCCCUUUCGUGGCACUCAGACGUCGGAAUUCAGUGUUGGCAGGGGGGACCGUGAUGAGAGAUCGCAUCACCAGAGGCGGAUGCGCUAAGGGCUGGACAAGUACAUGUUACAAUUGAAUGCCUAAAGUGGCAUGAGUCUAGUAUACUACAUAUGUUGUCCUCAUACGAGUCUCCUGGCUUAAUUUGUCGCUUGCAUAUACAACGCAGAACGUCACAACACAGUACUCAGACAGCAAAUUAGGCAGAAUCCUUCGC